AUGGCACCGCCGGCCAAGGUCAGCAAGCCUUUGCCUGAGAAGGGAAGCCUCGGAAACCUCGAAAAGUUGUCUACGAAGCAGCGUAGGUCGCGAUCUUCACUAUGCGGCAACUGCAUGAUCGUUCUCGUGCUGGCUUUUGCAUGCGUCAUCGCCACUCUCCGCCUGUUUGGCACAUCCACCGACUUGCGCCCGUGGUCGCGCCUGGGAGACUGGGGCGCCUAUGAGUUUGAGGAUACCGACGAGCCUCUCGCCGGCCUACCCGCACCGCAUGAGACGGAUCGCUAUUUGCUGGGCGUUGGCAAAGCCGACAUUACCGGUCCCGUCGUCGAGCUCAACCUGAUGGGCUAUGCCGAUACAAAUCAAAUCGGAAGCGGCCUGCGCCAACGCCUAUACUCGCGUGCUUUUAUUGUCGGCGACGUCGAUAACCCCAAGGACCGCUUCGUAUAUCUCGUUCUUGACACGCAGUCUGGCGAUACUGCUGUCCGGUUUGGCAUUCUCGGCGGCCUGCAGAAACUCGGCCCCGCAUACUCCAUGUACAACCACGACAGCCUAGCAGUCACGGCCACGCAUUCGCACUCUGGACCCGGCGCCUGGCUCAACUACCUUUUGCCGCAGAUUACCAGCAAGGGCUUUGACAAGCAGAGCUAUCAGGCUAUUGUGGACGGAUGCCUGCUCUCGGUCCAGCGAGCGCAUGAGAGUCUGGCUGUGGGCACGCUCAGUGUCGGGAAAACUAAGAUUUUUGGCGCCAACAUCAACCGCAGUCUAUUCUCGUACUACGCAAACCCUGAAGAAGAACGUGCGCGCUAUAAUAUCAGUGUCGAGGACGACGGCUCGGUGGAAAAAGAGAUUACUGUUGUCAAGUUUCGGAGAGAGGCCGAUGGCAAAAACAUUGGCGUAUUGACCUGGUUCCCUACGCACGGCACUUCGAUGCAGGCGAAUAACACGUUGAUUACCGGCGACAACAAGGGACUCGCAGCGGAUCUGUUUGAGCGCCAAGUGCGCGGGGGAAGUGACGAGACUGACGACUUUGUGGCCGGCUUCUCGCAGGCCAACAUGGGAGACGCAAGCCCAAACGUGCUGGGUGCAUACUGUGAAGAUACGGGUGAGCCUUGCGACUUCAAGACUAGUAGCUGCAGCGAUGGACGUCCCGGAUCGUGCCGCAGCCGCGGGCCUUUGUACCUCAAGAAUGACUACGGGGCAUCGUCCUGUUUCGAGAUUGCGCGGCUGCAGGCCGAAGGUGCGAUGAGAGUGUACAAAAGCUUGAGCAAGGAGAACAGGGUCAGGGGCGUGGGAGUCAAGGCAGUUCACGAGUUUCACGACAUGGCCGGAUAUGAAUUCGUGCUUCCCAACGGCACCAUGGCUCGAACUUGCCCUGCGGCGUUGGGUUACUCGUUUGGAGGCGGAACCAGCGACGAACCAGGUCACUUUGACCUGAUCCAACACGGCAGCAACGCGACCAACUCGUCUCCGAUCUGGCGCGUGGUCCGCUGGUUGCUCAAGCCGCCUAGCCAGCAGCAGAUAGAUUGCCAGUAUCCGAAGCCUAUCGUUCUGGACGUAGGAGAGGUGGGACGGCCGUAUGAGUGGACGCCGAACAUUGUUGAUGUGCAAACGUUUCGGGUUGGCCAGCUGCUGAUUGUCGUCAGCCCGGGCGAGGCGACAACCAUGGCUGGACGGCGCUGGAAGGAGGCCGUUGCGGCACAGAGCAGGGAACAGAUGAAGGAAGACUUGGCUGGGCAGGAGCCGAUUGUAGUGAUUGGGGCACCCAGCAACAGCUACACUCAUUACAUUACUACGGAGCAAGAGUACAAUAUUCAACGUUACGAAGGCGCGUCGACACUGUACGGGGCGCACACGUUGGCGGCAUACGUCAAUCGCACGUUGGAAACGCUGCACUAUCUCAAGGCGGCGCACCCGACUUCCCGGGCAGGCCGCAAGGUGCGGCGGCUGCCGCCAGACAACAGCGGCAGGGCCAUAAGCUUCAUUACCGGGGUGGUGUUUGACCGCACGUGGUCGGGCCCGUACGGCAGCGUCAGCCAGGACGUGGGCCGGGAGCGGUUCCGCCGGGGCGAGACGGUGACGGCGCGUUUCGUGGGGGCCAACCCGCGCAACAACCUGCGGCUAGAGCAAACGUACGCGGCCGUGGAGUACCGGUCGGCGGGAGGCGGGUGGACGAGGGUACGCGACGACGCGGACUGGGCGCUCGCGUUUCGGUGGAAGCGGCUGUCGGGUAUCCGGGGCACAAGCGAGGUGACGCUGGAGUGGCAGGUGGAGGACUGGGCGCAGGAGGGCGAGUACAGGCUGCGAUACUAUGGCGAUGCCAAGUCGUUUGGGGGCCGGAUUACGGGGUUUGAGGGUACGAGCUCGACAUUUCAGGUUGGAUAG